AUGGCUGACGAUUUCGCUCCUCCUAACGUUUUCGGUCCCAGUACCGAAACCCUACCAAAAAUAGAUUCGUUACUCUCCACAAGAGAUGCUGCGCUCCAGGACGACGCUCGCUAUGACACGCCCGUGAUCCCGUCAAGUCUACUCGGAGACGCCGCAUCAAAUGUCAACUUGAGCGGAACCCCCGAUUCAGACGAUGACGAUGUGUACGUGGAUGCUGACCAAGAAGAUCCAACACGGCAAGGGACACCACUGCCUUCUGUGGACGGAGGCCAUGAAGCUAGCAACAUUUCCUUCAAAAGUCCACCGACGGAUGUUGAUGGCAACACGGGGCUACCUCCCAAAAGCGCGUCGAAGGUACCCGACCUCGACCUAUCUCAUUCGAUCAAGGGGCUCUACCGUAUUCUUGAUCUCAUCAUAGAACAAGGUAGUGGGGGAGGGCUAGUGGACAAAAUCAUCAUAUCGCAGGACAGCUUGCAGGCGUUUGUCAACGACAUGCAGCCCGGAGCAUUCGCAUCCCUAACAAAGGUAGACUUCAAGCUCCUUGAUAAGGUCCUUGUCGGCCCCGUCGGCAUCUACGGCGACAAGAAAGCAAUCGUUGACUUCCUCAAUCGGCUUGGCGCUGUAGAGAAAGAGAUAGCUGCGCAUUUGUUGAAGACGGAGGAUGAACGAGAGAGAAGUACGCCGUCCUUGAGGUCUGGACUUUACGUUCUUCGGGUCCCGCCAUCCCAGGGCAACGAAAGCCAAAUCUACGUCAUCUACUGGCCAGAAGAUACAACAUGGAAUGACGGAACUGCCUCCUCUGUCCGCCGCAACAGGGUCACCUUUAUGAGGUACCUGUCGAAGAUCUGUGACCAAAGCAUAGCUCUCUUAUCGGCCGACUAUGCGCAGUCAAUUGUAUGGAAGGAGAGCGAGGAUGACGAUACGGAUACGGACUCCGACGACGAAGGAGAUGAGAGGAUGGGCGUUUUUGUAGUGUGCAAGACGAAUGAACAAGAAGAGUCGGUUAAAGUUCGGCCUGGUUUUACGGCUCGCGUACCGAUGGUAGCGUCACCUGAGAGGCGUCAUGAUACGGCUCCCGACGUCGCUAUUCCCAUGCAACCAACGCUUAUUCGCGGAGAAACGACACAAGGUUUUAUGACUGCUGGCUACAAGGCCGCUGUCAAAAAGGUAGACGAGUACAACAAUCGGACGAUAAACAAGACCGCACUGGAAAGCUACAUAAAGGAUCGUGAGACUCGUCUGAGCUUCAACCCAGCCCUCGACCAGCCAACGAUCGAAAUCCUCAUGCAGACUGGUCUCCGGUCGCGGUGCGAGCAACUAUGCCGAAGCUUCAACACCGAGGUCUCCGACGCCCAGCGAAAUCUCGACUCUGAAUUCACGCGACGCAAAGCCGAUACUCAGGCAGAAUUGAGACAAAAUCUACCCCAAAUGACGAUGUCCUUCCGUAACGUGAUGGCAGACAGGGUCAUGGAGAAGUUCCCUUCUUUAGAUGCCAAGCGCUUGCUGGGGGAAGAGAUGCAAACUCAAGGCAUUUCCCUCGAUAGCCUCGCGGAGUUUUACCCUAAGAUCAAAGGUGUCGUCAGAAGAGCCAGAGACGAGCAGCCGUUGAAGGCGGUACCGGCGGGUGCACUCCAGAGCCCGAAAGAGCGGAUCCUUGUUAUUACGCACCUUUUCGACGCUCACGGCGAGAAUCUUAGUGAGGAGACGCAAUCCAAACUCGUUAACAUGAUUGACGAAAUCAAGAACAUCCGUGCGGCGUGGAUGGAGAUGUCAAAGAGUCUACACGGCGAGGGAGACUCUCAGGGAUACCUGAACAGGCUGAGGUCCGGAUUAAAGUCCCUUCUGUCGACAGAAGACAACAGCACAGGAGAAAGGGCUUACAAAGAAGCCAUGGACAUAGCUCGUGCCACCUCUGAUGCUGAUUUCAUGUCUCGUGUCGAGGAUACCGCAUCGCGAUGGCCGGUAUUGGAGAAGGCGAUCAACGCUGCCAUGGCUGUGGUGUACGAUCAUUUCACCAAAAACCUCAAAAGGCUUUCCGACAAUUACGCUCGCGAGGUUCUGCAUAUUCAGGAUGAGGGAGUUGCGGAGCAGUUCAAGCGGGAGCAGUCCGACAGGACGGAGCAAAGCCAACGGGAUCUAUGUUCUGAUCUCGCUCGUAAGCUCAAUGAGUAUUUCUCAGAGGUGUCGUUCAAGAAAGUAUUCCACGUUGAUGCGAUUCGAAAAACAGGAUACUACUCAUAUCAUUCUCCUACUCUUUCGCUGAGAGGACGCAUCGAAACGACGCAGGACGACAAAAUUGUUUAUCGAGCCCAUCUCAUGCAAAUAACUAACGAAGACCGUCAAGAGAUGCGGUUGAACAACUCGUUUAUUCCUUCGCCUCGCUUUAACCUUGCAUACACCUUUUCUCUGCCUACAGGGCGCGAAAUCAUAUACUCACAGCUUCUCGAGAACGAGCAAUUUCUUCUCGUAACGAGGGAUCGAGGCCGCGACGUCUUUGUCUACCGAGAGUCCCUGGCCGCUCUCGAGGGCGCCGUUGCUAACAAGCAACCCAAGUUGAGGCUGAGCCACGAUAAAAUCGGCGGGGAUAUCCUCGUUUCCUUCAACGAAGGCAAGCAGAUGCUUGCUAUCUGUGAGCCAGAGAAGCUUCAACUUCACUUCUUUGUGUUCGAAGAGGGUGCUCGGGCCCUGAAGGCAUCCGGUAGCGCCAUCAGCCUUGCCUUGUAUUACAAUGGCGUGACCAUUCAGUAUAUCUCCUUCAUUUGUGGUGACGAGGAGCUUCUGUUAGUCGAUUCUAGCGUCUGCGGGAGGAUAUUCUCGCUCGUUACGAUGCAGUUUAGACCCGCAACGCUUCAGUUCGCUACCGUUCCCUCUGCAGUGUACACAUCACCUGAUGGCUCCUGCUUCUUGGCAUCGUGCUCGCAGGAUUCCUCGUUCUCUGUGACGGCUUAUCACUGGAACACCUUUGGAUCCAACGAAGGGAUUCAGCUUGCUAUCGACGACUUGGGGCCAGAGGACGACUUCGUAUUGACUUCGAUCAGUUCGAGAAAUGCGGUCCACUUGAUGAAGCUCGACAUCAAUUCUCAGACUUGCCUGUCUUUCGCGCUCGACAUCACUCGGAAGUCCACUGAGCUCAUGUUCAGGGAGAAGGGCGGGAAGCCAUCGUUUUCCACAGAUAAGGAUAGCAGAACCUCGCACAACUGCCUGAUCGACUGCCAUUCAGAAGUCUGGACCCGAUUUCCAGUUGUUCCCGCCGUCCAGCGCCAGGCUAUCACUAGAGCCAGCUCUCGGCGCCCCAAGUCUUUGACAUUUGUAUCUGACUUCGGCCGAGAGCAAUUUUCGCCGCACUUUAGCGAGCUCAUUCAGACGUUUGAGCGAACCACGCGAAAACCGACGGGGACCGAGCUUAGUUCUAUCGCAAUCAACUCGAUGACUUUCAACGACUUUUACAACAUCCUCGACGAUUUGUGCAUUUCACAGACGUCCAAUUUCCGAGCUGGGGAGUGGCUCGUCGAGCUCUUGUGCCUCAUCCCCAUCCAUCUUGCGAUCACAAAGGACAACAGGUUCAUCCCGCUGAAAGAUGGAGUCUUUUCUCCCGAGCUUGAGAGGUCGCUGCUGGGGGCCGAGGUUGGGCGCAUUGUAGACUCGCUUUCUUUCGGCUGGUACGAGUCUAUCUUCCAAUCCUACAUGGCGUCCAAGCCCGUAAAGGUAGUAUCAUCGAUGGGGGAACAGUCUGUUGGGAAGAGUUUCGCGCUCAACCAUCUUGCGGAUACCUCGUUUGCUGGUUCUGCGAUGCGUACCACGGAGGGUGUAUGGAUGUCGGUGACACCUACGGAAGAUACGCUGAUCGUGGCACUGGACUUCGAGGGCGUACACAGCAUCGAGCGUUCAGCACAAGAGGACACGCUACUUGUCUUGUUUAACACGGCUAUCUCCAACUUGGUGCUAUUCAGGAACAAUUUCGCUCUCAGCCGCGACAUUGCUGGCUUGUUCCAAUCGUUCCAAUCCAGCUCUACUGUCCUCGAUCCCGCCGCUAAUCCAAUGCUCUUUCAAUCAACGCUUGUCAUCAUUAUCAAGGACGUAGUCGACGCGGACGCAAAGGAGAUAAAAAAGGAGUGA